AUGAAAACUGAUGGCAAGUAUUUAAAGUCCAUAGUCUUAACUUUUAUUGUGAUGAUAUUGCUAUGUGCUUUAUUAUAAAUUUAAAACUCAAGUUUGUUUUUUAAUUAGUUUGAUAGCAGCCAGGAUGUCACAUUUUUUAAGAAAAAUACAAUAAAUAAAUAAGUGAAGCAAGGUUAGCAACAAACCGAAAUUAUUUUUAAAGGAAAUUUUAUAAGCAUGUAUGAAUUACCUAUUGCUUAAGAAACUGUUAAGCUAGUUAUGUAUGAAGAUAACUAAAAUCCUAUAAAAUCAAUCAAAACAGGAGAUAAUGGAUAGUUUGAGCUAACACAAGUUAUUCAACAAAAGGAUUUUAUUGAAUUUAAUAGCCAAACAAUAUCUGUAGGAUUAUAUAUAAAUAUAUCUAAUUAACUUAUAAGGACAUUUUACUUUUAACUUACUUAAGAUUUUCUUCAUUCCAGCUAGAUUACAUUUGAUUUUACAAAUAAAAUUUUAGAAUAAAAAUCAAAAAUAAAAUCUUUAAUAAAUGGCUCAGUUAUAGAUAAAACUACCUUAAGUAGCAUAAAAGGUGCUUAAGUUUAAGCUAGUUAUUUUUAUCCCAUGUCUAUUGCUAAAAUGGAAUUACUAACAAAUAAAGUAGGAUAUUUUGAAUUUAAUUUAGAAUUAGACUAUUUUGAGGUAAUUAUAGUUGAUUUAAUAAUAACUAACGAGGGUUAUAAAACAUAUAAAGCCUCUGAAGAUCCUUAAUUUGCCAAGGAUAAAGGGAUUGCUUUAUUCGAUAAGUAUUCUUUCACCUUCUUUAACUCCAUAAAAUUGGAAAAAUUAUGA